AUGGUCGAAGUCGAGGCUAUGCCGACUUUUGGCGCCGAGCUCAAGCCGUAUACUGACCUCUCCCACAAGGACGGGUUCAAAGGCGCAAACGCCUGGGUCAGCCACGGAAUCGCCUGGCUCGAAGACAUUCAACAGUUCUACCGCGAGCGCGCUGCCAUCGAAAAGGAAUACAGCGCCAAGCUAGCCGCACUCGCCAAAAAACACUUCGAUAAAAAGAAUAAGAAAACAUCUCAGCUGAGCGUUGGUGACACACCGAGCCUGACUCCUGGGUCUCUCGAAAGUGCAUCCGUAACUACCUGGGCGACCCAGCUGACGACCAUCGAAUCCCGAGCCGCCGAGCACGAUACGUACGCCAACAACCUCAUUUCCCAGGUCGCUGAGCCCCUCAAGUACUACGGUGGACGUUUUGAAGAGCUGAGAAGGCGCCAUUCAGAAUAUGCUGAUCAUCUCACCGCCGAGCGCGACGCCUCCUACGAGCACCUGCGCAAGGUCAAGGGCAAGUACGACACUACCUGCCAAGAGCUCGAGCUUCGGCGCAAAAAGUCCGAGUCCAGCUACGACAAGGCCAAGGCCCAGAGCGCCUACCAACAACAGAUGAUCGAAAUGAACAAUGCCAAGAACACAUAUCUCAUCACCAUUAAUGUCACGAAUAAGCAAAAGGAAAUGUAUUAUCACGAAUACGUCCCAGAAGUCAUGGACAGUAUACAAGAUCUCAACGAGUUUCGCAUCAUCAAGCUCAAUGGCUUGUGGUUGGUCGCUAGUCAACUCGAAGAGGGUCUCAUGAAGCAAAGCGCGCAGAUGAUGCAGAGCCUCACCCAGCAAGUUGCAAGAAAUUUGCCCCAUCUUGACUCCAUGAUGUACAUGCGGCAUAACCUCGGUACAUUUCAGGAGCCCGUCAACAACACUUUCGAAGCCAGCCCACUGUGGCACGACGACAAUCUUAUGAUUGUAGACGAACCGGCAAAGGUAUAUCUACGCAAUGUGUUAAGCAAGUCUAAAUCACAGCUCGGUGAGCUACGUCGCGAGGUGGAUCGGAAACGGCGAGACGUUGAAUCUGCCAAGAACAUGAAGCAAAAAGUACGCAAUGGCACAGAGAAAAAGGACGAGGUCGAAGUAGUCACCCAAUUGUUUGCGCUCCAAGAAGAUUUACACAGCGUCGACCGCAGGCGGAUGACGGCAGAAGUCGAGACAACAACCAUAACUGCCGCUGUCGGUGACGUAACGCUCGGCGCCAACAACCACAAUUUCAAGAGUCAAACGUUCAAGAUUCCUACCAACUGCGAUCUUUGUGGUGAGCGCAUAUGGGGCCUGAGCGCCAAGGGGUUCGACUGCAGAGACUGCGGUUACACAUGCCAUAGCAAGUGCGAAAUGAAAGUGCCUGCCGACUGUCCCGGAGAGCAGAGCAAAGAAGACAGGAAAAAGCUCAAGGCCGAGCGCCAAGAAGCAGCCGGUAAACUUCUGACACCAGCGAAUGCGGCUGUCGCACAUGUGGCCGAGCUGCCAGAUCUCAGUAGAUCAAACACCAUGAAUUCGCUGAGCUCUCGCUCAGCGCGCCGGUCAAAUUCUGUGUCGGCACUCGAGGUGCCCGCCGAUGACGAGAAACUCAGGAAACCUAGUCCGUCUCCAACUUCCACUGGUGGGCGCAGGAAUCGGGUAGUGGCACCACCACCCGCAGCAUACAUAGCAGACUCGGCAGGUCAUUCCAAUGGCGCGAGCGCAGAAAAGAAGGGCAAGAUGCUCUACCCCUUCGAAGGCAGCGGAGACGACGAGCUUACCGUGCAAGAAGGAAGAGAGGUUGUACUGCUUGAACCAGAUGACGGAUCUGGCUGGGUCAAAGUUAGGGCAGGAUACAAGGAAGGGAUUGUUCCCGCAAGCUACGUCGACUUCAGCAGCGCCGUUCCCGCAGCGAUAGCACGUCCGUCAUCCACAUACUCGACCUCGACGACCUCCUCCAUAGCACCGUCGAUGGGCAAGAAGAAGGGCCCUGCUGUGGCGCCAAAGCGAGGCGCAAAGAAGCUCAAGUACGUCGAGGCGCUCUACGAUUACACUGCGCAAACGGAAACGGAGCAUUCGAUGACGGAGGGGGAGCGCUUCGUGCUCGUCAAGGAGGAUCCGGGCGACGGGUGGGCCGAGGUUGAAAAGGCGGGCGUGACGGCCAGCGUUCCUGCGAGCUACGUCCAGGCCGUCUAG